CUUGAGCAACCAGUUCCUGUGUCCUUAGUUCAUUUCUGCAGAGCUUUAGAGCCCCUGUCAUAGAGAGCCUCCUUGGCACCGGAUCUGUUCAUUGCGUUCUCAUAUUGGAAUUAUUUCCCCAUUGAUGAAAAUGAGAUAUCCUCUUCUUGUACUGCUCUGGUCUUCCAGUUUAUUGGGAUUUACCUGUGGAACUGGGUUCUUGUAUCAGUUCCCAGCAUCCACAAUGCAGCACAACUAUCCUGAUCAAAACGCCGCAUCUGCAAGUGCCAGUUACUCCAACCGCAGGAACUGGUGUCAGUUCACAGUGACAAAAACAGUUACCUGUCAAGUUCAGAAUGGAUCAGAUGCCGUGGUUCAGAGAGUGUACCAGAGUUGCAGAUGGCCGGGACCCUGCACAAAUCUUGUGAGUUAUAGGACUGUGCUGAGACCUAUAUAUAAAACAUCAUAUCGUACAGCCACAGCAUUGGAGUGGAGGUGCUGCCCAGGUUUCACAGGAAGUAACUGUGAGGAAGAAUGCAUGAAUUGUACAAGACUGGCGGCAAUGGCAGAGAGGAUAAGCAACCUUGAAGCUAAGAUUGUCACACUACAAGCAGAAGAGAAAUCCUCAGAAAAUGACCUGCCCAUCACCAGAAGCACAGCAGUGUGGAAUGAGGACUACUUGCCAGAUGCCAUUCCUCUGCUCAGCCCGGGAAGCAUAUUCAGGAAGUCAGUCAAGUCUACACUAGGUUCCAAAGGAGAUAAACAUGAUGAAAAAAAGACACGAGGAUUGCCUGGAAUGCCAGGAUUACCUGGAUCAUCUGGACCUGUAGGUUUACCUGGGGCAAAAGGGGAUCGUGGCGAAGUGGGUCAAGCUGGCCCUGCUGGCCCACCAGGGCCCAUAGGACCUCAAGGACCAAAAGGAGAGACUGGAAUUCCAGGACCACCAGGUCCUCCUGGGCCACCUGGACCACCAGGUGCUCCUAUGUCUUUAAGAGGGGAUGUAUUGUACUCUUUACAGCCUAAUUCAGAGAAAGAAAAUGGAGAGCCACAUUUGGUAUCCACUAUAACCGAUACAAUAAUGACUGGACUUCCAGGACCCCGUGGCCCACCAGGGCCUGUAGGCCCUCCUGGGCCAAGAGGACAUGCUGGACCAAUGGGGGUUCCAGGACAACAGGGUAAACCAGGACACACUGGUCAGCCAGGAGUUAAGGGUCAGAAAGGUGACCUAGGAGACAAAGGGGAACCAGGUCUACCAGGAGAGCAAGGACUGAGAGGUCCUCCUGGAGAACCUGGACUUAAAGGAGAAGACGGACAUAAAGGAGAAGACGGAGAAGCUGUGCAGCAGCUUAGAGAAGCCCUCAAAAUUUUAGCAGAGAGAGUGCUAAUUUUGGAACACAUGAUAGGAAUACAUGAUACGCUCUCAUUUGUGGAGCCAGGUUCUGGCCAGGACAUUUUGGGUUCUAUUACUUCCAAAAAUAUAAAACAGAAACGUGAGCAGCAACAGAGAUAUCAGACGUUGGAUAUCUUUUCAUCACUGCUGGACGACAGUGAAUCAAGUCAGAACUGAUAAUAACAUGGACCUCUUUAUCUUGUGAAAUCAGAAUCUCCAGCCCACUUACUACAGAAAGAUGAAUGGCGAGAGCUUUACAAAUGUUAUGGCGCAUGUCACUGCAAGAAAUCAGAAUGAGAACCAGAUACUUCCAUUUACUGCAAGUCUUUAUGACAGUAUCAAUCCAUUUCCAAUUGCAAUUCAUGUGUUGAGACAAUAUUUCCUGCACACAAUUGUAUCACUAUUCAUCCACUGUUUGUUUUUGUAAUGUAUAGAUUACUUUGAAAGCCCAAAGUCUCAUCACAGCUUAUCUUAUAAUUCAGAUAUCUUCAUUUUAUGUGCCCGGUUUGUCAUCACAAUUGAAACAAUAUGGACCCUGAACAGUUCCAGAAACCAUUAGUUCAACAGUGCACUGGUAAAGUGAUUUUCUAACUUAAGACAACAUUAACUUGGAAAUAUCGAUAUUAUCGCAUAGUCACAAAUUAUUUAUGGAACUUUUCAUGUGCAUAUAUAAAUAUUUUGGACCAUAACCACAAAAUACUUUAAUUAUAU